UUUCUUGAAGUGUACCUUUGCAUUAGAGUGUUUACUGUCAGUGGGUGUGAUGAUCAUAACUCUAACCCACUUUCUUUCCUAUUUAAAGCCAAUCAUCUGCUUUAGGUCAUUGAUUUCAACACAUCAGAGCGUCCCACCUUGAAAAAUGUCUGUGCUGAAGAGGUCAGUGUUCGUGGGUUUUUUCCUGCUUGCUCUCGUCGCUGUGAGCCAUGCAGCCUGCUGGCAAUGGAAAAUCAAAGAAGGUGCGACUCAUUGUCAGGACCGCGUGGAUAAGACGUGGCACCCGGUUGGAUCCAGCUGGACAAACAGCGAGUGUGCACAGUGCUACUGCAGAUCCGAUUACGCUUCAUGCUGUCAUGGAUGGCCAACGUCCGUGUCUGGAGGAUGCAUCAUUGAAUAUGAUUAUAAAACCUGUAAAUAUGAAAUAAUUAAUCUUGAACAUCCAAGUCUUUCAUGUGGCGCUGCUGGAAAGUGAUUGUGAAGAUGAACUGAAUUACAGUUUAUCAUAGAAUCAGGAGACCUGAAGCACAAAAAAAUAACAGGUUUAGUGAGACUGGAGAUGACCUUGUGGAAUAAAAUUUGAAUACCAUCCGAGGCCAGCGAAAUGUAUAAACUGUUUAAGUAUGAAAUUGAUCAGUGAUCAAAUCAUAUGAAUUUUAAAUCCAAUUACUUUCACAAUCAGAAUCUGUGCAUACAUUCAUUUUGACUAGCACUAAAUUCUUCUUCUCACCUUUUGUUCCAUGAAGCCAUUUGGAAGAUGAUUUGCAAAGACAAAUAAAUAAAUCACUUAAUGAACACUCA